AUGUCAUCAGAAGAGACUGGAUCAGAAGAGACUGGGUCAGAAGAAACUGGACCAGAAGAGAGCUGUUCUGAGGCAGAGGGCUCUGGCGAUGACGGUCUGGAGGAUCUUGAUACUAGACGUCUAGGUAGUUAUGAAGAGGGAGACUCAGAAGCAGAUGAACUCGAGGAAGAGGAAGAUAUCUUAGAGGAGGAAGAAUCAGAAGCAGAUGAGCUCGAAGAAGAGACCGGAGAAGAGCAUUCGAAUGAAGAAGAUUGCUCCCCAGAAGAGACCGGCGGGGAAGGGGAGGAGGACGACGAUGAAAGAUAUCAAAACGAGGAAGAGGCGCGUCCCUCAAUCAAAGCCGAAAGGAUUGCACAGAUUGCAGACCAAGAGAUCCUCAAUACAGAAUCCAGAUAUUGGGCCCCUGUGGAGCGGAACACAGGAGCAACGAUAAAACAAGAAAGCCGCCCUAGUGUAGCGAGAAGUUUACCAAGAAAAUCGGCAUCGAUAUCUGCCGAUGAGGAUAAUGACAUGCGCAUCGCGAGUGGAACUCAUAUCCAAGACGAAAGACAACCGAGCGACCGCAGUGAGGCGGAUUCCAAAGAUGAGCUUUGCAACGGGGUCAAAAGCGAAAGUAGAAUACAUGCACAAGAUGCCGCACGCUUGGGGAACGACAUCGAACGCUCUAAUGUUGUCAAAACGUAUUAUCCACGCACACCCAUUCCACCCCUCGAGUUUCCGGGUUCUGUCACACUCAGAUUUAGCAGUCCUCAGGAUUGGGAGCGACGAUGGCAGAGGGCACAGCGUCGCACAGGCAUACGCAUGGUCAUUUUCGGACCAAGCUUUGCUGUCACAGUUGCCGACAUCAAUCUGCUAGCUUGGUCACCAGCAGCAUUUAGUUCAUCUAUUCUCGCGAUCCGCGUGGGCAACGGUGCCCUGCUAGACGACCAGUCUAUUACCAACCUCGCCGCGAAUAUGGCGCAGUUAACACAGGUGCAAAUCGACUUGGCCCCAAGUAUUGGUGACCAAUCCAUCAUGAGUCUUAUCGAGUUCUGUCCGGCCAUUGAAUACAUUGAAGUAUGUGGGGAUGUACUCACGAGACGAUCUGGUGGUGUGACUUUGCGUAACCUCGACGCGAUAUUGAUUGCAAAUGAGAACAAGGCCCAACGUCUUCGUAACUUGGUACUCGUAGAUCAGCUGGUGGAAGACAAGAACGUGGAAGCCUGCGAAAAAUUGCGAGCAAAUCUGAAAAUUAUACGUGGACAUCAGACACGACCAGAGAUCGUGCCAGGAAGCAGGGCUUAG